UCGGUGAUUACGUCGGGGAUUAUGGGUUGAAAUUCAUCAUCCAUCAAAUCAAGUACUUUCUUAAGUGUCAUAUCCUUUCUGGUCAAUUCCGGUAAGUCUGGAAUUAAAGGUGCACUAGUGGCUGUUGUUGUGGUGGUUGUGGUGUUGCUGUUGCUGGUGGUGGUGGAAUUAGAGGUAUUGGUUGUAGAUGUCUUAUUCUUACUAGAGGUACCAUUCUUUACAGGAGGUCCUGAUGUGAUAUGUUCAUCAACAUCAUUAAACUCAUCAUCAAUCUCCUCGUCGAUGGCCCCUAAGCCUGCAGAUCCUUCUGUGGGUUCACUCAUUGUAUGAUAUGAUGUUCUUAAGUAUUACCAGUAACUUUUUAUAGUAGUAGAUAGUUUUUUGUUGAUAGAUUAUUUUUUUUCCUGGUACGACUAUACGACAAACAGACAAACAGACAACGACUUAACUUUAAAUAAACAAAACAAUACUGGAGAGUAACUAGAAGAAAUUUAAGUAGUAUGUCACUAAUUAAGGAGGCUACUGUGGCAGUAAUUACUGGUACAACAUCUAAUUUAGGAAUAAAUAUCGCCUAUCGUUUAUUAGAGGAAGUUCCUCAUGAUAAGAAUCUCACUUUAGUAGUAACUUCAAGAACAUUACCAAAAGUUAAAGAAGUUAUUAGUACUAUAAAACAAUAUGCUGAUGAGAAAUUAGAAAAGAAGAGAACCGGAGAUUUGGAAUUUGAUUAUCUUUUAGUAGAUUUUACUGAUAUGGUAUCAGUUCUUUCUGCUUAUUAUGAUUUGAAUAAACGUUAUAAACAUAUAGAUUAUUUGUUUAUCAAUGCAGCUCAAGGAGUUUAUGAGGGAAUUGAUUGGUUAGGAGCUGUGAAGGAAAUAUUAGUAAAUCCAGUAGAAGGUGUGACCAAUCCUACCUAUAAGAUUCAAAAAGUAGGAGUUAAAUCAAAGGAUGGUUUAGGACUUGUAUUUCAAGCCAAUGUAUUUGGACCUUAUUAUCUCAUUCAUAAAAUUAGUCAUUUAUUAAGUAAUGGAGGUAAAAUUGUAUGGAUCUCAUCUAUAAUGUCAGGACCUAAAUACUUAUCAUUUAAUGAUCUUCAAUUACUUCAAUCUCCUGCUUCAUAUGAAGGAUCAAAGAGAUUAGUUGAUUUAAUGCAUUUUGGAACUUACAAGAAAUUGAAUAACCAAGGAAUAUUUCAAUAUAUAGUACAUCCCGGGAUUUUCACUAGUUUUUCAUUCUUUCAAUAUUUGAAUAUCUUAACUUAUUAUGGUAUGUUGUUUCUAUUCUAUGUAGCUAGAUGGGUAGGAUCUCCAUACCAUAAUAUUUCAGGAUAUAUAGCUGCAAAUGCACCUAUAAGAGCAGCAAUUGAUGGAUUAAGUCAACUGGUUAAAAUUGGAUCUACCAGUGAUAAGUGGGGAAAGGAAGGUUUAGAAUAUAAGGAGAUUGAUAUCACUGGUAGUGAAGAUGUAGCAGCCUAUUUAGAUAAUCUAUGUAAAGAGUGGGAUGAUAAGUUAAAGGAUCAGAUCGUCGAUACUCGUCAGCCAUAGAACAGUACCCAUGUAUAUAGCCUGGCUUAAGUAAAAAAUAAAAUAAAAGUAAUUGCGUUUUCAGUAGUGAC